AUGGACGUCGAUGAUGAUAGCCAAACUGAGGGCGCUUCAUCGCGCCCGCCGAAAGCGAAAAAAGUAGACCAGCGAAAACAAAGAAUGAUGGAAUCGAAACGACUGCUCAUACGUCUUGCAAAGGAUCAGCUCGGCCAGAAAUUUAUUCUUAGCCAAAUAACUCAUUCUAUACGAAAUCCAGCGGCUAGUAUUCAAUUUAUAUACAAAGGACCCAAUAAACACGAAUACCCGAGUGUUUCGCUCUCAACAAUUUCAGCAGAAAAUCGUAAUCUUAUCAAACGAGCUAUUGAUCGCAACUUUCUUACAGCUGUUUUGAUGGAGCCAUCUGAUGAUGGUACCGGUAGCGCGAAAAUGCGAUCAGUAUCUCCUCCAACGAGUUCAACAUCAGUUAUUUUGGCGUCGGCAACUGCCGCCGAGACUGAAGAUUUCGUAACUUUCAAAGUUCCGCGAAGAUAUAUUCCAAGCUUUGAGCAUGAUGGCGAUGUGGCGGAUACAGGGCCGCGAGUUGAGAACGUGUGGCAGGAUGAACUAAUCGAAGAGCAGCGUAGACAAAUUGUUGAAAAGGACAAGAGAAUUAUAGAACUUUACCAAGAGUGCGGGAGACUGAAUUUUGAACUUUCCUUGUUGCGGAGGAAAUGA